AUGGCAGAUUCUGAACAACCUUUAUUAUCGUCAACAGAAAACAGAGAAAAACAUAGUGUAGUAGUUAUUGGUGGUGGUUGGUCUGGUAUUUAUGCUUUGAAAUAUCUCUUAGGUGAAGGUCUUGAUGCACAUUUAUAUGAAAGUCGUUCAAAUAUUGGAGGUAUUUGGUAUUUUGAUGAAAAUGAAAAUGUUAGUGGUGUUUAUAAAUCAGCUCAUGUUACAUCAUCAAAAACAUUUUUACAUGCAUCUGAUUUUCCAUUUCCGAAAACGAUUGGUGAAUUUCCUUCUCAUGGAGAGGUUCUGGCUUAUUUACAUUCAUAUGCUGAUCAUUUUAAACUUUGGUCAAAUAUUCAUCUUAAUUCUAAAAUUGUACGUGUCGAACCACAAUGGAGUCUUAUAUUAAAUGACGGUUUAAAAAUAAUUGAUUGUAACUAUCUUGUUGUCUGUUCAGGACAACAUCAAAUAGCUAGUGAUCCACGUUCAAGUUAUCCAUUUAAUCAAUUUACUGGUACAUUUUCUCAUAGUAUAACAUAUAAAACUCCAUAUGAUAAUAAAUUUAUUAAUAAAAGAAUUCUUGUUGUUGGUGGUGGUGAAACAGCAAGUGAUUUAGCUGUUGAAUUAAGUGCUACAAUAGCUAAACGUGUGUAUAUGAGUAUUCGUGGAGGACAAUGGUUUCAAGCACGUCUAUUAGGACAACAACCAGCUGAUAUUAUGUAUACAAUGUUAAUGAGAUUAUAUGGGUAUUAUGAUACUAUAUUGGUUCGUUGUUGGAGACGAAUAUUUUUUGUACCUAUGUGGGGUGUUGGUGGUACAGGUAUACGUGAAUGGACUCCAACAGUUCCAUUCUUACAUGGUUUUAUUAAUAAAAGUCGAGAAAUUGUUGAUCAUGUUGCACUUAAUCGUGUUAUUCCAAAACGUGGAAUUAAAACUAUUAAUGAACAAUUAAUAACAUUUGACAAAGAAGAAAAUCCAAUUGAAAUUGAUCAUAUUCUUUUAUGUACUGGCUUUCAAUGGACACAUCCAUUUUUUUCUAGUACAGAUAUACAUGAUUUAUACAAACUUGUUUUUGCAUCUGGUGUUGAUGGAACUUUAGCAUUUGUUGGUACAGCAAGACCAGUAUUUGGUUCUAUACCAGCAAUGGCAGAAUUACAGGCACGCUGGGUAGCUGCAGUAUUUUCUGGUCGACGGCGUUUACCAUCAGAAAAAGUAAUGGCUAAAAGCCGUCGAGCAUAUUGGGCAAGACAUGCUAAUCUUUAUCCACAUGAUCAUAAACGUCUCAAACAAUUAGUUAAUCUUUUUGAAUACAGCGAUGUCAUUGGUGAUGAAUUAGGUGUACGAGUUGCUUUAUUUUAUUUAUUUUUUCGACAUCCAAGAUCUUGGUAUCGUAUUUAUUGUGCUUCUCCAUGGUCACCAUUUCUGUUUCGUAUUGGUCGAUUAUCAUCUGACGAUGAAAAAUUAGCUUAUCAACGACAUUUAGCAUGUAUACCAGAAAAAGAUCAAGCAUUUCAUCGAUAUAAUGAUGUUAUGCUUAGUGCAUAUAUUGAACUUGAUCUUCAAAUUCGACCCUUUUUGAGAAUAAAUACAAAGACAAAGCACGAGGAACUUACAACAGCAUUGGGACUCAACGCUUCAUCACAUCCAAUAAUUGCAAGGGGUCCUGUUCUUAUACAUAGUUUAGAUGAAGAUAAUGAUAUAUAUUUCGAGUUUGAGACAUAUGAAGAAUUUCGAAAAGAACGAUUGAAAUUAAAUUAUGAUAGUACAUUAAAAUUAUGGUAUUCAUUACCUAACGGUCUACCAACACUUGAUAAUAAUCUAGUCAGACGACAAACAAUUAAACAACAACGAGCACGUUUAAGAAAAAUGAAAUUUUUUGCUUUUUAUUGUACAUUAUUCAAGAAGACAUUUCUCAAAAAGAAAAUUCAAUCAAAAGGUUUUCGCCUAUGGAAUGAAACAUUAAAUGUACCCACAUUAGAAGAUGAGUCUCUUUAUGGCAUAUAUAAAUCAAUGGGUCGAAUCACUACAGAAUUUCUUAAUAAAGGACGACGAUAUGAUGAAACAAUCAGUUAUGAAGAAUUAUUUAAAGCUGGUCGUACUGUUUGGUUUAUGAUUGCUUUUCAAAUGCAACUCAAUUUACCCUUAAUUUUAACUGAUUCUAUAUUUGGUUAUAAUAUGCUUUAUCCAUAUACAGAUGAUUUAGUCGAUAGUAACGAUGUAAGUCGAGAAGCAAAAGUUGAUUUUGCAAAACUUUUUCAUGAACGAUUACUGAUUGGUGAACCAACGUAUGAUUCUCAAGUACAUUUUGAUGGAAAACAAUCAAAUGUUGCGGAAUUAAAGUUACCAUCAUCAUUACAAUCACAAGCUAAUCGUAUAGUAAAAAUAUUUGAUAUGGUUAAAUUUAUUGAAAAUGAUUGGAAACGUGGUGGUGAAUAUGAAGGUGUUUAUAUGAGCUUAGCUACAAUACAUGAAUCACAAAUGAAAUCAACAUUACAACAUGCAAGAACUGAAGAUAGCUAUGCACCAACAAUGACACAAGUUGAACAAGUUAGUGCAGAAAAAGGUGGUGCAUCAUUAAUAGCUGCUGGAUUUUUAAUUGAAGGACGAUUAACGAGAGCUAAAAUAGCUUAUUUAGAAUAUUUAGGAUUUGGUUUGCAAUUACUUGAUGAUUUACAAGAUGUAAAAGAAGAUAUGAAAAAUAAUCAUCGAACAAUUUUUACUCAAACUCUUGCUGAAGGUCGACCAUUAGAUGCACCAACAGCACGUCUUAUUCAAUAUUGUUAUUGUGCACCAGCAUAUGAAAAAUUUAGUGAUGAUCAACGUACAAUUUCAGAUAGAAAAACUGGUGUUACAUUAGCUCAAUAUGUUCGAGUUUCAAUGAUGAUGUUUUCUGUUGUACUAGUUUUAGAAGCUGCAUCUCGAUUACAAGAAUAUUAUUCAAAAGAAUUCUAUCGUGAAUUAUCUUCAUUAAGUCCAUUUACAUUUAAUGAUCUCAAAGCAGCUCGUGUUGAAGAAACACUUUGGGCUAUUGUAAGAAAUCAAUGGUUUUGA